CACUUGUACCGUUAUUAUUAGAAUUACGUAACCGUGAUAUGUUUAUUGGUGUUACAUGAUGUAGAUAUUGUUUUGUUGAGUCAACAAAACUAAAAAUAGACAUGCUUGUUUGACCACUGAUAUUGGAGUAUUAGAUAACCAGUUUAGUUUUGUGUUUGAAACCUUAAUUAGUAUUGUACAAAGAAUGGCUCAACCUGAAGUUACAAUCCAACAAGGAACCCUACGCGGUUCUACAGCCACUGAUUUCCGUGGCAACCCCUUCCUGAAAUUCCAGGGAAUUCCAUAUGCCAAACCUCCACUGGGCAACCUUAGAUUCAAGGCACCCGUUCCUCCCGAAAAAUGGACCGGUGUUUUCGAUGCCACCAAAGAAGGCAGCAUCUGCUACCACCGAGACGUUAUCAAAAAGGACGUCCUUGAAGGAACUGAAAACUGCCUGGUCCUCAACGUCUACACGAAAAGACUCCCCAAAGACCACAAAGAUCUGCGUCCGGUCAUGUUCUGGAUCCACGGCGGAGCGUUCGUUUGGGGGCACGGCGGCGAAGACCUCUACGGUCCCGAUUACCUGAUUACCGAAGACGUGGUUGUGGUUACUAUCAAUUAUCGUCUUGGUCUUUUCGGGUUUAUCAGUUUUGACGAUCCUUCGUUAGAAAUACCAGGGAACGCCGGUUUGAAAGACCAAGUCAUGGCUUUACGAUGGGUCCAGAAGAAUAUUGACAAGUUUGGUGGGGAUCCUAAUAACGUUACUAUCUUUGGUGAGAGCGCUGGUGGUGCAUCAGUCCAUUUGAUGGUACUGUCGCCUCUAGCGAAGGGGCUUUUCCAUAAAGCGAUAGCCCAGAGUGGGUGUGCUUUAAAUACAUGGGUUCAAGCUAGCAAAGGGGUGAAACGUGUGGCUGAAGUAAUGGGUCUUGAAGGUACAGACGACAAAACCGUUUUUGACGCUCUAAACAAGAAAACAACCGAAGAAGUUUUAGAAAUACAAGAGAAAAUGGACGACGUUUUUCAACCUUACAAACCUAGGUACGUCGGUUUGGUCAUUGAAACAAACUCGAAAGAACCGUUCAUGGUUGAAGAACCCAUUGAUAUUAUGGUGUCUGGGAAGUACAACCCGGUACCAUUUAUGAUUGGGUACACUUCUUUGGAGGGCGCGGCUCUUGACCUGUUGAAAAAACCAAACGAUCCUGAGGCCCCAGAUUUCGAAAAACUUAUUCCAUGGUCAUUUGGUUAUGAAGUGGGUUCUCCUGAAUCUAAAGCUGUGGCUGCCAAGUUGAAGAAAUUUUACUUUGGCGACGAAGAAUAUUCCCGGAGGCUUCUAACAAACAAAUACGACGUUUUCUCUGAUGUUUACGUUAUUUACGACAUUUACGUUACAAUAAUGACUCAGUUUGCCAUUUCAAAACGACCCACUUACCUCUACAGGAUGGUCGUCGAGACUAAUCUAAACUUUUUUAAAAUACUUCUAAACAUUCAAGUGCCUGGCGUUUGUCAUUGUGAUGAUGUUGGAUACCUAUUCAAGCAUUUUGCCACUCCGGAAAUAGUAGCUGGUAGUGUUGAAGACGUCGGUCUUACUCGGUUCGUCAAACUAUGGACUAAUUUUGCCAAAUUUGGAAAUCCGACUCCUGAUAAGAAUGACGAUUUGUUGAAAGUAGAAUGGAAACCUGUAAUUGAUGCCAAUGUGGAUUUUCUUGAUAUUGGGAAAGAAUUAGAAGCUAAAGCAAAUCCCGUGAAUGAAAGACUGCUGCUCUGGAAACAGCUGUUUGAAGAAAGUCCAGCUGGAAAGAAAUAGUAUGCAGCUAUUUGAAGAUUUCCAAAUUGAUGUUCUUACACCGUAUUGAUUUAAUUGUUUUGAACUUUAACGAAUAAAGAUUUGUAGUAAUUUUCA